GAAGACGAACGAAUAUCUGGAGAAGAAGAAGAGAAGUUCGAAGAAGAAAAAGGUACAUCUCUCUCUCUCUCUCUCUCGUUCCGUACGAGUAGCAGAAACCGGAACCCUUGAUUUCUCUCUCUCGUUCCGUACGAGUAGCAGAAACCGGAACCCUUGAUUUCGAACUGUAAUGGCAGAAACACGAAGAAACAAGUUCUUGACUUAUGCAGGGUUUUUAACUGCCGAUUUUACUCGACGUACGUAACGCCUCCUGGGUCGGAGCUAUUGCGUAAUGGAGCGCUGUGUAUGAGGCAGUUGUAAGUUGUAAAUGAAUCAAAUGGAUGAGCAAUUCCUAGAAAGUUUAAUUGAGCUCGAAAUUGAAGCUGAAAAUCUUCUACUGGCCAGACACCAGUUGGUUGAAAAUGAUAGAGUGAGGAAUGGGAAUAGGGAAGCGCUGACAGCUCUGAGGAAGAGGUCUCGGACGACCAGAACCAGUAUCCCUUCGCCUUUUGAGUCAAUAAUGAAGGAGAUUGAGGGGUCCGCAUCAAGGCCCCUGGUGAAGGAGGUGUGCACAACUUGUGGCAAUCAUGACUCAACAGAGAAAACAUGGAUGAUGUUCCCUGGAACUGAUGUCUUUGCUAGGAUUCCAUUUCAUGCAGCUCAUGCCAUUUUGGAUAAAGAUCAAGAAAAACUUGAGGUGGAUGCGAAGGUUCUACAAAGCUGUGUUAAGGAGAAAUCCUUUUCGAUUUCAGAAAAAGGUGCUCUUGCUGACAAGAUCAGUCCAGGCGUUCUCAGAUCUCUUGUGACCUUAACAGACAAACCAAAGUAGGUUAUAUAUUCUGAGGUAGAGGCACUCGAGGGAUUCUCGACUCAGGAGAGGGGCCAAUUGGGUAUGCUCUAGAGACAGUGACUUAGGAAGCUUCAGGGAAAUGGAGAGAUUCUCCAGGUAAGGUAAGCCUCAUCUGUGAAAAAGUUGUAUCUAUAGAAACUGAGUGAGUUAUCAAUGAAGACAAUUGUAACGACCUCUUAAACAUCUUAUAUCCAUUGUUAUCUCUUGUUUCGGUGUUUCA